AUGAAGCUGCUGCGUUCAGCAUCAUUGCUCGCCCUGGUGUUGCUGCUGGCCAUCAGCACGCGCGCCGAAGACGAAAAGGCCGUCGAAGCGAAAUCCGCUGAACCCGCAAAGGAAGGUGCCAAGGAAUCCUCCGCCGCUGCUGCCGACGAUAGCGACAGCACCAAAACCAAACGUGGCCUACAUCAUUUCGAGGACUACCACCACUCAUACCAUCAUCCAAUACAUGAGGAAAAAACACUGACUAUCAUCAAGAAGGUGCCCGAACCAUACCCCGUCGAAAAGGUUGUACAUGUGCCCGUCGAAAAACAUAUACCCGUGCCGAUUAAGGUGAAAGUGCCCAAACCAUACCCUGUGGUCAAGCAUGUACCAUAUGAGGUCAAGGAAAUCGUAAAGGUGCCACAUGAAGUGCCUGCGCCUUAUCCAGUUGAGAAAAAGAUACCCGUACCCGUACAUGUGCACUAUGAUCGUCCAGUGCCCGUCAAAGUCUACGUGCCCGCGCCAUACCCGGUUGAAAAGAAGGUUCAUGUACCAGUGAAAGUUCAUGUGCCCGCACCAUAUCCAGUUGAAAAGAAGGUGCACUACCCCGUGAAGGUGCACGUGCCCGUCGACAAGCCAUACCCAGUUGAGAAGGUCGUCCAUUACCCAGUCAAGGUGCAUGUCGACAAGCCAGUGCCUUAUCAUGUUGAAAAACCAGUACCAUACCAUGUUGAGAAACCAGUGCCAGUGCCAGUGAUCAAGAAGGUGCCCGUACCAGUGCAUGUGCCCUAUGAUAACCCCGUGCCAGUGCAUGUUGAGAAACCCGUACCAUACGAAGUCAAAGUACCAGUACCAGCCCCAUACCCAGUCAUCAAGGAAAUCCCAGUCAAGGUUGAAAAACAUGUGCCCUACCCAGUCAAGGUACCUGUCGAAAAACCAGUGCCAGUUCACAUUGAGAAGCACGUGCCCGAAUACCAUGAGAAACACAUCUCCUACAAGGAACCCGUAUUCGUACACAAGGAAAUUCACGAGCCCGUCCACCAUGAGGAAUAUCACCAUGAGGAGAGCCACGACUUUGGUGGUCAUGAGGUGGAAUCUUUUGGCGAAUACGAACAUGAGGAGCAUGAAUACUAA